UUUUCAUACACUACAUACAGAGUCUCUGACAAUGAUUAACAUCGACGAGUCGUACAUCGACUACAUGCCCUGUUAUAUUCAUAGGGUUAAGUAAAGGCGAAGUUUGUUCGGUGUCAGAGUCUGGCUCGGUGUUGGAGUGAGUAUGUUACCCGAUAAAGAUGGGCCAAGCAUGGGCGGUGGGACCCAGGGCACUGAGGGAAAAGAAGACCCUUCUGUGACACUCUUUCGGGAAUACCUGCGACUUAGGACAGUCCACCCGGCUCCCGACUAUGAUGCAGCCUUAAGGUUCCUUGAUCGCAUAGCCAAUGAGCUUGGCGUUCCGAUGAAAAAAGUGGAGGUGUGCCCUGGCAGAGUGGUUGCCAUCAUGACAUGGGUGGGCACCAAUCCUGCCCUGAGGUCCAUCCUGCUAAACUCUCACACAGAUGUUGUCCCUGUUUAUCAGGAGCAUUGGAAAUAUGAUGCGUUUGGUGCUGUCAAGGACACAGAGGGCAACAUAUAUGCAAGAGGGACACAGGAUAUGAAGUCUGUUACCAUACAGUACAUUGAAGCCAUCCGGAGGCUGACAGCUGAAGGGAAGAGGUUUGCUCGCACCAUUCAUAUGAUGUUUGUCCCAGACGAGGAAGUAGGAGGCCACAAAGGAAUGGAGACUUUUGUGAAGCACCCAGAGUUUCAGCAGCUGAACAUUGGCUUUGCACUUGAUGAAGGUCUGGCUAACCCUGAAGAAGCCUUUACUGUAUUUUAUGGGGAGAGGAGCCCAUGGUGGAUCACGGUUCGCUGCCCGGGUAGUCCUGGCCACGGCUCUAGAUUUGUGGAGAACACUGCCGCAGAGAAGCUGCGCAAGAUCAUCAACUCCUUCCUGGACUUCAGAGAGCAGGAGAAGCAAAGGUUAGACAUCAGUGAGUGCUUCACAUUGGGUGAUGUCACCACGGUGAACAUGACCAUGGUGAACGGUGGAGUGGCUUACAAUGUGAUCCCUGCUGAGAUGGACGUCAGCUUUGACAUGAGGAUUCCACCGACAGUCAACCUUCUGGAAUUUGAAGAAAAGAUUAAAAAGUGGUGCCAGGAGGCCGGUGAAGGUAUCACGUAUAAAUUUGCCCAGAAACACAUGGACCAGAACACAACGUCCACUGAGGACAGUGACCCCUGGUGGAACACCUUCAGCUCCACCUGCAAAAACAUGAACAUGACUUUGAAGAAGGAGAUCUUUCCUGCGGCCACCGACAGCCGUUUUAUCCGAGCAGUGGGUCUCCCAGCCAUUGGCUUCUCGCCAAUGAACAACACACCCAUUCUUCUGCAUGACCACAACGAGCACCUGAAUGAGAAGGUCUUCCUGAGGGGCAUCCAGGUGUAUGAAAAACUGAUACCUGCCCUGGCCAAUGUGCCUGCUGUAGCUGGGGAAGCUUGAAAAGCUGUCCUGAGAUUGUCCCCGCUGCUACCCCCACCCCUCCUUUUCCACAUACUCUCUCUCUCUCUCUCUCUCCCCCUCCCUCCCUCCCUCCCUCCCUGGUGUUUGUCUAGUCUCCUGCACAGGUCUGCAGAAGUAGCAGCACCAUCAGACCAGUGUCAUUUAGGGACAUGUUGCAUAGUCAUCGUGUGUGAUGCGGAGGCCAUCAUAAACACCGGUACUCACGUCACCUGAACUUCCACCUGCUCGACUUCAUGGUGCUGCAGGCCUAUAUUGCCUCUCUUUCUUUCUCUUUCUUUCUUUCUCUUUCUUCCCUUCCUCUUUUUCUUUUCCUCUGUCCUCCUUUCUACCCUCGGCCUCUCUCUAUCCCUCUCCCUUCCUUUUCCCAUUUUCCACUUCUACCGAUCUGGCUGUCACGGCUCCGACAGCGAUGUUGCACAUAUCAAAAUCUAUAAUGCUAAUCUUCAACAAUUCUCAGAUUACACCAAAGGCUAACUUGUUCAGUGAAAAUAUAAAUCAUAUAUGACAUUGCAUUCAAUACUUAUUCAGUUGCUUUAAGAAAUGAUCUCAGGAGUCCUUUUGGCACUAAAGUUUUUACUGAGCAUUUAGAAGUGUGAGUGUCUUAUCUGCAACAAUGACAGAGAAAAGAAUCAUAUGGAUGCUUAAUAAACAAACAAGGAUUAAUCAAGGUGCUCAUUAAAUGCUGCUAGACUCCAUUUCUAUCUCGUGAUAUCACCCCUCAUUUCAAUCCCCCAUAACACCCAUCUCAUAAUUACACUUGAGUUUGUAGAUCUACUAGAUACAUGCUUUUUUUUAUCAACACAUUUCAGUGGACAUCUCAGGCCCAUAUCUAUUAUAACACAUUUGGAGGUCGAUGGAAUAAAUUGAAGGACCUCUGUCAA